AUGAGUAAACACGUUUUGAUUCAGAUGGUUUCGAUCAAGGUUAUUCGCAAUAAGCAUACUGGUUUAUCUGAAGGCUAUGGCUUUGUGGAGUUUCUUUCGCACGAUAUGGCUGAUAAAGUUUUGAAGAAGUUUAAUGGAACAUAUAUGCCGAAUACAGAUAUGCCUUUCCGUUUAAAUUGGGCCACCGGCGAGGAGAAUGAUCACGAGCUCUCUAUUUUUGUGGGGGGUUUGGCGCCAGAUGUCUCUGAUUCUCUAUUGUACAACACCUUCUCAGAGAUCUAUCCUUCGGUUAAAGCUGCAACAGUUGUCAUAGAUGCAUAUACUGGUAUAUCAAAGGGUUUCGGUUUUGUGAGGUUUGGAGAUGUAAACGAGAGGAUCAAAGCAAUGACAGAAAUGCAUGGCGUAAAAUGUUCUAAUAGAGCUAUGCUAAUUGGUCCUGCAACACCUAGGGAGACAAGAAGUUUUCGACAACAAGGUUUUUUUUUUCUUUCGACUUUGCAAUCUUUUUAUUUAUAUAUAGUUGUAGUUCUGUGUUCAGUUUAUUCCUAGGAAAGCAACUGGAUAUAUCAUAUUAAAAUUAACUGAAACUAAUAUGUUGGAUAUGGCAGGAAUGUACAUGAAAAAUGAUGCAAUAAGUUAUCCUGCUAGGGAUGCAACAGUAAUUUAUUAUUUUCAUUUGUGUUUUUUCUCUCUCUCAUAUGAAUAUUAUAGAUAAGUUUAAUUUUUUUGUUUGUUUGUUUCCUAUUAAAAUAUAAUAUAGAUAUUUGUCGGAGGACUUGACUCUAGUGUCACUAGCGAAGAUCUAAAGCAACCUUUCUCUGCAUAUGGGGAAAUAGUCUCUGUCAAUAUUCCUCUUGGCAAAGAAUGUGGAUUUGUUCAAUUUGUUAAUAGGUAAAAUAUUAUACCUUAACUAAGAUAGUAAACCAUGAUUUAAGUAAUUAUAUAGAUGUUUCUUUGUCACCAUCUCGCUGUUGUUAUAUUUGAUAAUUUGCUUGCAGACAAAAUGCAGAGGAGGCUUUGAAGAAACUAAAUGGGACUGUAAUUCGAAACCGUAGAGUUCGGCUUGCUUGGGGACAAAAUAAGCUGGUAAAUACAAAAUGUUCUCUUUUCUAUUAUAAAGAUAUUCCUUAUGUUAGUACAUUUAUGUGAUUCCAAUAUGAGAUGAACUUUGUUUUCCAGUUUAAACCGUCCAUGUGGCACUUAUAAUACAUUAUAGGUUGUGUAUUUGUUUUUUUGUUUUGUUUUGAAAGCUCGGACUCUUUAUGUAUUAACUAAAAAUGAAAUAAAACUUACUUUUUAAUAUAACUAAAAGUGUUUUUCUGGCAGUAAGGUUUCAAUAAAGCUAUAAAUCCUCUUUGAUUUUAAUGGUUAUAUAUUGUGUUUCAGCCUAGAUAUAACUAUGGAAACCAAUGGUUUGGGGCAUACUUUGGAAGACAGCAUUACAAUGGGUAUGGAUACAUGGUACCACAACCUCAUGACCCGAGAAUGUAUGCAGUUGCACCUUAUGGAGGGUAUCCAGUGUAUAGUGAUCCCCAGCAACAAGUUAGCCGAGGAAAUUGACCUGAGUACAUGCAGACAUGCAAAACUCACUCAACUAUAGGUGAUGACCAGAAGGGAAAGAAAUAAAAAAGUGUCUGACAUUUUAUCUAUCCUUAGAAUUUAUGGUUUAUCUUGUAGUGGGAAAAUGAGUUUUGGGAAAACUGUAACAAUAAUUUAAGAGAGACAUGGAUUUGGUUUGUUGAUUUGGUGUUUUCUUGAUGCUCUUUUUACUAUGGAACUUGUUAAACAUAAGGAUGAAGUGGGUUGCACUAUUUGAUUAUUUUUCCUUUUUUAGUUUCUUUUAUUGAAAAACUAUUUCAUUUAGUUAAUGUCAUGGGUUGAAUUUGAACAAUCAGGUAAAACUUAUUGUUGCUUAUGGAGGAAAUAAUCAACAUCAAAGAUCCAAGGGAAACACAGAACCAUCUUUUUUUUAAGGCAAGUAUGCUGAAGAAGUAUGGAGGGCUCUUGCAUUUAAACUGUUGGGAUCAGAGUACACGCUUCAUGGAAAUCUAUGUUGGAUAUCCACUCUGUUACUUCUUCACUAUACUUUCCAACUAUCUACACUCGAUAUGGACCGAAAGAAAUGGUAGAAAGUAUGGGGAGACACAAAAUACUGCCUCACAAAUGGUACAGUACAUUGACAAGAAUGUAAAGAACAAGGAUACAUAGCGACCUUGUUUGUGGAAGGGGCUUAGGAUAGAAACACUGCUGAUUUCUAUUAGAUUUUAAUAACAAGGUCACAUUUAUAGUAACAAUGUUUUUUGACUGAAAUAAACUUUACAUUCCUUCAAAAAAAACAAUCAACAUCAUAUCUUCUAAUUAUAGUAAUACGAGCUUGGUAUCUUUUAGGGCAUCAAUCCAUUUAUUUAUAUUUAGUUGUAGUUUUGUUUUCAGUUUAUUCAUUGGAAGACAAUAGGAUCUAUCAUGUCAAAGUUAACUCAAACUAUACGUCGGAUAUGGCAGGAUUAUACAUGACAAAUGAUGCUGUGUCCUGCUGGGGACUCUAUAUGCAACGGUAAAUAUUAUCGACCAGAAACAGUGCUGGUAGCCUCAGUUAAACCCAUCAUCCAUCUUCUUCAAGUGAUCCAAUGAACGCCAUCCAAGGUCAUAGCAGGGAGAUAAGUCUUCCCAAUGAGGUUCUUGAGGUUGACAAGAAGACCCUUCCUUCCACCUGGGAGCUCAAUGAUCACAGGUUUGCCUAGAGGCAAGUACUUAGUUCUCUCUAGACUAAAUGGUUUCAGUGGCAAGGUUGAGUUUUUCAAUGUGGGUAUAGACUCAAGACUUCAGAGACAUUUGUACUUUUGAAGGCCAAAAAUGUCACAUUGGACCCAACUGAAAGGUGCAACAUUAGGUUUCUCUUGUUCUAAUUUGCAGAAAAUGUUAUAUGUUUUCUUUUAUUUCUCUCUAGGUGUGUUACAACUGCGCUGAUAGCCCGGUAGAUGGAGGAUGGUUUUAAGAACGGUUUGACGCUUGUGCAUCUCUUGAGGAACAAGAGAAUGGGUUUAAAAUGUGGCGUUCAAGCCGAAGCUUCUUUACUAACACUUAGUUUCAGUUUCUUUUUAAAUAUAAGUAACAUCCCGAGUUGUGAUUAUGGAAAGGCUUAACAUAGUUGAUUUGGCUACCUAUAUCACCAAAGUUGACUCACAUUUUUCAUCACACAUCUGUUUAGACCUCCAGAGUUAAGUGUGUUUGGGCUGGAGUAGUGAAAGGAUGGGUAACCUAUCGGGAAGUGAUUUGCGAUACCGUGCGAGUGAGGCCAAAGCACAUGGAAAGGUUGGGUGGUGAUUACAGGGUUAGUAAACCAGACUUUCAGGCCUUAGAAAAAUUAACGCACCGCUCGUCAAAGGGGAUGGGCCCACUAGCCAAGAGAGCGGGCAUGGGUGGCACAUUAGCCGUAGGAGGUAGGAGCGUUAUAAGUGGUAUCAUAGCUGGUUAGCCAUCUCGGUUCUGACCCGAGAGGCAUCUUAAGACCUGACGUGUGGCGCAAUUUAUGCAUUAAAAUGGGAGUUAGACUACUCUCUGGGCCACUUUUUUACUUUUUCUUACACUCAGAGCCAUUUCUUACAUGUGAUACAUUUUGUUGUGGGUCAACAAUAAACUGUGGACAACUUUGCUCUUAAUAUACAUUCAAUACGUAGACGAAUAAUACAUGGAUGGGCGAUACGUAGACGGGUGAUACGUGGACGGAGAUGAAUGUAAAAAUUUCAGAAGCUUCAUCAGAGUAAACUCCACAAUAGUUGAACUUAAAGUUACAACUCCAACAACAAUGUUUGUCUGUGGACGAGGAUGAGAAGAUUUUGAUUAUGUUGUGCAUAUAAACGCUAACAUAACCAUGAAUAAAGAACAAGAGAGAUCUCUUAAAUUUGUGGAUAAGAAAUUGAAGCUUGAUGUGGUGGAUAGAGUAGUAACUCAAACACUAAACAUAGAUAUUAAAAAUGUAACAUAUUGAAAGACUGUGAUAUGGAUGCUAAUGUAUCCACAAUUUCAAGGAUGAACAAAUUAAUAACUUCAAACUAAUAACUACAACUUACAUGCCGAAAAAAGCUUGAAUGAUGAAAACAAAGCUAAACAAACCAAAAAUUUAAAACGGGUCAUCUCCUCCUCCAAAACCCCGGCCAAAACGAGUCAGCUCCUCUUUUCGGUGAGCCACACCAUGGAUUCUGAGCUCAACAUCGUCGUGGAUGAACUUGGUGAAGCUGCGGUGGUUCGAGCUCGUCACAGUCCUCCACCAUGAGAUAUGUAGUAUGCUGAAUUUUGAAUUUUACUCCUAAUUUUACUCGUCCACAAAUAGUCAUCCAUGUUUACCCGCCACGCUUAUCUUCCCACACUCAUCCACAUGUGUCGUUCCAUGCUUAUCUUCUUUAUGUCGUUAUCAAUGUUUUUCAAACAUCCACAUAUCACUCAUCCUAAUACAAUCAUUAAAUACGUGUACAAGUACAAAUUUUAAAAUAUAACAAAAAAUAUCAAAGUGGAUAUCAAAUUAUAGAGAAUAAAAAAAUAUAAUUUAUAUCAACAAAAUUUUCUAUAUGUAUUUCUAAUUUAAAAAUAAACAAAAACAAAAUAUUAAAGUAGAGUAAACAAUAAUAAAGAAACACACUUUCUCUUUCAUCUUGUCUAAUAAAAUUUUAUUUUCUUCUCAUUAAGGGCAAAUAUGUAUAUUCUCUCUGUAGGUCCCAUGAAAAAGUGUGUUGCAAGUGCAUUGUGGCCUUGGAUGUAAUUGAAAAGUGAUAAAGUGCAUCUUGAUGCAAAAAUUUCUUAAAAUGACAUCAUGUUCAAACUUGUUUUAGUCUUGAGUUUUUUUUUUUUUUGAAGAAAAAAUUUUCAUUACUGACAAAAAACUAAAUUAUACAAAGGAACUAAAAACAAAGAAGUGAAGAACAUAAGCUAAACUGGAAAACAAUCUCAGCCCAAUAAGUACUAAUCCAAAGCGUAAGAGUUCUUCACCACUAAUAUCAGUAAAGUACAAGGAAACAACCACAAGUAAACUGAAUACCAACAAUGAUGAGAGGAGCCGGCAUAGAAGUCAACAACCGCUGCAACAAAUACUUUAGUGUAUUUUGUCGCAGCAGCCAGGGAAGAGCUAAGACUGAAUUGCCAGCGAGGGAAGAGCACAUACCAAAACCAAAGCCUUUACAGCAUUUGAAGUGACAGUUAGCUUUGCCAAACUCCAACUCUUUGUACUCAAUACUCCACAAUAGGCAGACCCCAAAUGUCCACCGGAGACGGAGAAGCUUAUGUCUUCACUGCCUGCAGAAGAAAAUUCGGGUUAAGAUGGCAGCAACCAAACCAAACCUAAGCGUUACCUGCAAACAAGAAACAAAAAAACUCAUGUCGUUGGUGCCAAGCGAGCACAGAACGACACAAGGAUGGAGAACCAAGUCGGACCUUGCUUGCUUUGCUUUCGAUCGAUGACAAGAGAUGUUCUUCAAUCGACGUUUAAUGCUGAAUGUUGACUUUGGACCGGUUCGACGGACACCUACGAGUUUCUUUAGGCUUUAUCUCCAAAAUGCUCCAAAAUCACCACAUAUCUCCAAAUCAUUCAUGAACAUGUAAAUAUUCUAAAAAGAAUCCAAAACAUAAUAAAUAUAUUCUAAAACAGUUAUAUACAAUGGCUAAAAACUGUAAAAAAUCCAUGGUAUAUCAACUUUUCCGGACUUACUAUUUUGCUUGUCCUCAAGGAAAAUAAGAGUAGUCCUAAUGAAAGAGGUUUUUGAAAACAACAUGGACUCACAUAAUUUAAAAUCACUAUUCUCACUCCUGCAAAUAUGAUAGGUGUAAGUGAAUGAUUACUAACCUUGGAUGAUUCAAUGUACUACACUCUAGCUUAGUCACCAUUACCAUACAUCACACAAAUCCAGUGAUAGCGGCUGACAUACCCCUCUACUGAACUCAUUUCUGCAUAAAGUAAAUGUGUAGACUACAUCUUGGGAGUCUUGAUCAACGGACACAUGGAAUCAACUCAAGCAGGUAUCUGGACCUACACGUAACCCUUUCUGGUUUUCCCUCUCUCUUCUAUAUCCUCUGAGUCUGAUUUUAUUCUUUUUCUUUUUUAUUAUUAGAAAGUAUAUAUAGUAUUACUGGGCAAAGUUGUAGGCGAAUAGUUGGGUCAUUGAUAAUUUAUCUACUCCUCGCUUCCAAUCAAUGUGUGAUCAUUCUAUUAGAGUCGAAUAAUAGGGUCGUGGGAAACAUUCCUACCCCUCUAAACCGCAAGAAAUAAUUUCAAUAUUUUGCAAAUAUGGAUGCGAAAGAGUGGUGGAAGGAGAACCAGGGACACUAAGUCUAAUACUUUCCAGACUUGCAAGUGGACUCCGAUCCAAUGUAUAACAAGUCGCAAAACAAGCAAGUAGAGUAGAUUAAGGUUGGAAGUUAGCUUUGGUUUCUCCAGACAUUCUCAGUAAUUGUGGAUGUGAGUAACACAUGAUACACUAUGGUGUUUCAAUCUAAUACUUCAUGCAGUCAAUAAAUCUAGAUGGUGCUAGAGAGUGGUUAGAGUAGUAAACCUCAAUAUAAGUAAACCUCCCCCAAGACUUAAACAACAUUGUCCCCAGUGGUUAUACAGGGGUCUGUCCAUAAGUCCACUUUGUUACCAUUACCUAUUAGCCAGCCGGACUUCCUUUUUAUAAGGUCUCUCCAAGUAAGAAUACUUCUCCAUCCAUGCGAUUCCGAGCUCUUGUCAUGACAGUUGAGAAGGUUUUCAUCAGGCCAAGACUUACCAAAUAGAAUACGACCUACCAGCAUUUACGGGUUAUGAAUCAGUUUCCAUGCUAAUUUAGCUUAAAAGCAUCAUUAAAGCAUUCAAAAUUCAGGAAUCCAACUCCUCUUUUACUCUUCGGCUAUGUUAGCAUAGGCCAUGCUAUCCAACCCUUUUUUCGAGUGAUUGUCCCACCAGAACCUCGUAAUAACUGAUUGAAUCUUCUUAAUCAGGGACUUAGGGAGUUUGAAACAUGUCAUAACAUGAGACGGGAUGGCUGAGAGAACACUCUUCAGCGUGACGACCUUGCCCGUCGGAAACAGAUAUCGUGUUAACCAGCCACUGUAUUUUUGUUUAAUCCUAUCCACGAUAGAAGCGAAUAAGUCUCCUUUUCUUGUUUUGAAAUGUUCCAAAAUUCCUAAGUACUUGUCCACUCCUCUCUCCUUUUCGAUCUGAAGGAGUUCUAGUACUUGCCGGCAAAAACACUAGUUAUUUAAUCAAAUUUAGAGGUACUAUUUAAAAUGUGUUAGCGUGUAUCCAUGAAUAAUAAGAAACUUCAUUAAAUAAGUGAAUAGAAUUUUAGUAAAUAUUAAUUAAUACAAAAAAAAACAUUCUACCACCUUCAAUCUUUAUAAAUAACAUAUAUGUUUAUAUUAAUAUAUGUGACUUUAGUCAAAAUAGCAAAUCAAUAUAUUUUUCACAGUAUACAUCAAUUAUUCUUUAAUAUCUUCAAAUAUAUUACAUUUCCAAAGAAACUAGUAGAUUGCAAUUGCGACUAAGACACAUUUCAAUUUUACUUGUUAUACAACUUCAAAGUUUUGCAAAAAAACUGAUUAAAUAUUUUUAUUAGAAUUCACCUAAAAUUUAGCGUUUAAUUACAGAAAAUUUCCUGAUCGAGAACGAAAAAAAUAUAACUAAAAUAAGUUAAACUUUGGGUCAAAAUAUUAUAUAAUUCAAAAAAUUUGUUGAAAAAUUAAGAGAACGGUAAAUUUAAGUUCUUAACAAAAUAUUGAAUUACAAAAGUCAAAGAAAAAAAAAUUAAAAAGGAAAGUAUAUUAUGCUUAAUAAAUAGUCAUAAAUGCAAUAAACAAAGAAAGCCAAAAAUUUCCAUAAUCUAGAACUCUAUCCAAUGGUUAACAAUUAAACUAGGUAACUAUGCGUUGUAUCUAGCACAUGCUUCAACCUAUGCUUUUCAUUAAUAGAACUAUAAUUCUCUCUCAACUCUUAAAAUUCCUUCACCUUGAUCUGAGUUAAGAUUAAUCUAAUCUAUCACAGUCAUAAGCCUAUUUGAUUACGAGGAAGAGGAGAAUCAAAGCAAAACGUUUGCAUCGCCACGGCUGCAUCAACAACCACAAGGGAUGAUGACGCUAUACACACCUACAUUUUUAGUGUCACAUCAUAUGAUGUAUGCAUCACCGCCACCGCCACUGCCUUACUCUCCUAAUGAUCAAUAUUUGAGUCAUAACCAGAAUCAUGAAUCUCCUGGUGACGAAUAUCAAAACACAUCUAACAGUGAGAAAAAAACCAUUUGGAUUGGUGAUUUGCAUAAUUGGAUGGAUGAGAAUUAUCUUAAAUGUUCUUUUGCUUCCGUUGGUGCGGUAUGCUCUCUCUCUCUCUCUCUAUUUAUAUUUGCUAUCUAACAUGAUAAUUUUUUUUUUGCUAAGUGUUGUCGUCGUGGUUAAGUGUUGAAUAUAUAGAUUUGACCUUUAAAUUUUGCUUUCGUUUUUAUAUAACAUAACACACAUUCUCUGAUUCAUUGUUAUGGAACAUGAGGUUGUUAAUAAAAAUAUUUUAUUUUAAAAUAAUAUACUUGGGUAGUAUUUUUCUGUUUCAGUUUUUCAUCGGAAUUUAACUGUACAAGUAAUCUUAUUGUGAAAUUUUCCCAUUUACUAGUGUAUCUUUACAUUUGGUUCCAAAUAAGUAAAUUUGUGUUUAUGCCUUGAUUGUUAAUAUUUUAGACAUGUAAUCAUAGUUAAUUUACUGCUUUAGUUUUCAUUUUCUUUUAAUAUUUGGACCACCUUAAAAUGUUUUCUCUCCUUUUACCUUCUUAACACAAUUAUUGGAUUUGUUUAUGUUUCUUGACGGCUAUAAACAGAAGGUCGUUAGUUAAUGCAAUCUUUUAAUAUAAUAUCUAUUUUCCUAUAAAAUAUAUCAAUUUCUAUCUUAGAAACUUAAAUUUUAAAGUACAUUUUUAUUUUCAUAUUAUCUAUGUUUCUUGUUAAUGUGGUUCUAACUUCUAAAUAUGAGUAAACACGUUUUGAUUCAGAUGGUUUCGAUCAAGGUUAUUCGCAAUAAGCAUACUGGUUUAUCUGAAGGCUAUGGCUUUGUGGAGUUUCUUUCGCACGAUAUGGCUGAUAAAGUUUUGAAGAAGUUUAAUGGAACAUAUAUGCCGAAUACAGAUAUGCCUUUCCGUUUAAAUUGGGCCACCGGCGAGGAGAAUGAUCACGAGCUCUCUAUUUUUGUGGGGGGUUUGGCGCCAGAUGUCUCUGAUUCUCUAUUGUACAACACCUUCUUAGAGAUCUAUCCUUCGGUUAAAGCUGCAACAGUUGUCAUAGAUGCAUAUACUGGUAUAUCAAAGGGUUUCGGUUUUGUGAGGUUUGGAGAUGUAAACGAGAGGAUCAAAGCAGUGACGGAAAUGCAUGGCGUAAAAUGUUCUAAUAGAGCUAUGCUAAUUGGUCCUGCAACACCUAGGGAGACAAGAAGUUUUCGACAACAAGGUUUUUUUUUUCCGACUUUUCAGUCUUUUUAUUUAUAUAUAGUUGUAGUUCUGUGUUCAGUUUAUUCCUAGGAAGGCAACUGGAUAUAUCAUAUUAAAAUUAACUGAAACUAAUAUGUUGGAUAUGGCAGGAAUGUACAUGAAAAAUGAUGCAAUAAGUUAUCCUGCUAGGGAUGCAACAGUAAUUUAUUAUUUUCUUUUGUGUUUUUUCUCCCUCUCAUAUGAAUAUUAUAGAUAAGUUUAAUUUUUUUGUUUGUUUGUUUCCCAUUAAUAUAUAAUAUAGAUAUUUGUCGGAGGACUUGACUCUAGUGUCACUAGCGAAGAUCUAAAGCAACCUUUCUCUGCAUAUGGGGAAAUAGUCUCUGUCAAUAUUCCUCUUGGCAAAGAAUGUGGAUUUGUUCAAUUUGUUAAUAGGUAAAAUAUUAUACCUUAACUAAGAUAGUAAACCAUGAUUUAAGUAAUUAUAUAGAUGUUUCUUUGUCACCAUCUCGCUGUUGUUAUAUUUGAUCAUUUGCUUGCAGACAAAAUGCAGAGGAGGCUUUGAAGAAACUAAAUGGGACUGUAAUUCGAAACCGUAGAGUUCGGCUUGCUUGGGGACAAAAUAAGCUGGUAAAUACAAAAUGUUCUCUGUUCUAUUAUAAAGAGUUUACUUAUGUUAGUACACUUAUGUGAUCCCAAUAUGAGAUGAACUUUGUUUUCCAGUUUAAAUCAUCCAUGUGACACUGAUAAUACAUUAUAGGUUGUGUAUUUGUUUUUUUGUUUUGUUUUGAAAGCUCGGACUCUUUAUGUAUUAACUAAAAAUGAAAUAAAACUUACUUUUUAAUAUAACUAAAAGUGUUUUUCUGGCAGUAAGGUUUCAAUAAAGCUAUAAAUCCUCUUUGAUUUUAAUGGUUAUAUAUUGUGUUUCAGCCUAGAUAUAACUAUGGAAACCAAUGGUUUGGGGCAUACUUUGGAGGACAGCAUUACAAUGGGUAUGGAUACAUGGUACCACAACCUCAUGACCCGAGAAUGUAUGCAGUUGCACCUUAUGGAGGGUAUCCAGUGUAUAGUGAUCCCCAGCAACAAGUUAGCCGAGGAAAUUGACCUGAGUACAUGCAGACAGACAAAACUCACUCAACUAUAGGUGAUGACCAGAAGGGAAAGAAAUAAAAAAGUGUCUGACAUUUUGUCUAUCCUUAGAAUUUAUGGUUUAUCUUGUAGUGGGAAAAUGAGUUUUGGGAAAACUGUAACAAUAAUUUAAGAGAGACAUGGAUUUGGUUUGUUGAUUUGGUGUUUUCUUGAUGCUCUUUUUACUAUGGAACUUGUUAAACAUAAGGAUGAAGUGGGUUGCACUAUUUGAUUAUUUUUCCUUUUUUAGUUUCUUUUAUUGAAAAACUAUUUCAUUUAGUUAAUGUCAUGGAUUGAAUUUGAACAAUCAGGUAAAACUUAUUGUUGCUUAUGGAGGAAAUAAUCAACAUCAAAGAUCCAAGGGAAACACAGAACCAUCUUUUUUUUAAGGCAAGUAUGCUGAAGAAGUAUGGAGGGCUCUUGCAUUUAAACUGUUGGGAUCAGAGUACACGCUUCAUGGAAAUCUAUGUUGGAUAUCCACUCUGUUACUUCUUCACUAUACUUUCCAACUAUCUACACUCGAUAUGGACCGAAAGAAAUGGUAGAAAGUAUGGGGAGACACAAAAUACUGCCUCACAAAUGGUACAGUACAUUGACAAGAAUGUAAAGAACAAGGAUACAUGGCGACCUUGUUUGUGGAAGGGGCUUAGGAUAGAAACACUGCUGAUUUCUAUUAGAUUUUAAUAACAAGGUCACAUUUAUAGUAACAAUGUUUUUUGACUGAAAUAAACUUUACAUUCCUUCAAAAAAAACAAUCAACAUCAUAUCUUCUAAUUAUAGUAAUACGAGCUUGGUAUCUUUUAGGGUAUCAAUCCAUUUAUUUAUAUUUAGUUGUAGUUUUGUUUUCAGUUUAUUCCUUGGAAGACAAUAGGAUCUAUCAUGUCAAAGUUAAAUCAAACUAUAUGUCGGAUAUGGCAGGAUUAUACAUGACAAAUGAUGAUGUGUCCUGCUGGGGACUCUAUAUGCAACGGUAAAUAUUAUCGACCAGAAACAGUGCUGGUAGCCUCAGUUCAACCCAUCAUCCAUCUUCUUCAAGUGAUCCAAUGAACGCCAUCCAAGGUCAUAGCAGGGAGAUAAGUCUUCCCAAUGAGGUUCUUGAGGUUGACAAGAAGACCCUUCCUUCCACCUGGGAGCUCAAUGAUCACAGGUUUGCCUAGAGGCAAGUACUUAGUUCUCUCUAGACUAAAUGGUUUCAAUGGCAAGGUUGAGUUUUUCAAUGUGGGUAUAGACUCAAGACUUCAGAGACAUUUGUACUUUUGAAGGCCCAAAAUGUCACAUUGGACCCAACUGAAAGGUGCAACAUUAUGUUUCUCUUGUUCUAAUUUGCAGAAAAUGUUAUAUGUUUUCUUUUAUUUCUCUCUAGGUGUGUUACAACUGCGCUGAUAGCCCGGUAGAUGGAGGAUGGUUUUAAGAACGGUUUGACGCUUGUGCAUCUCUUGAGGAACCAGAGAAUGGGUUUAAAAUGUGGCGUUCAAGUCGAAGCUUCUUUACUAACACUUAGUUUCAGUUUCUUUUUAAAUAUAAGUAACAUCCCGAGUUGUGAUAUAUGGAAAGGCUUAACAUAGUUGAUUUGGCUACCUAUAUCACCAAAGUUGACUUACAUUUUUCAUCACACAUCUGUUUAGACCUCCAGAGUUAAGUGUGUUUGGGCUGGAGUAGUGAAAGGAUGGGUAACCUAUCGGGAAGUGAUUUGCGAUACCGUGCGAGUGAGGCCAAAGCACAUGGAAAGGUUGAGUGGUGAUUGCAGGGUUAGUAAACCAGACUUUCAGGCCUUAGAAAAAUUAAUGCACCGCUCGUCAAAGGGGAUGGGCCCACGAGCCAAGAGAGCGGGCAUGGGUGGCACAUUAGCCGUGGGAGGUAGGAGCGUUAUAAGUGGUAUCAUAGCUGGUUAGCCAUCUCGGUUCUGACCCGAGAGGCGUCUUGAGACCUGACGUGUGGUGCAACAAGGGCGUUGUGUUCUUUAAGAGCAGAUGAAUUGUAACAUCCUGAACUGUGAUAUAUGGAAAGGCUUAAGAUAAUUUAUUUGGCUACUUAUGUCACUGGUAUCAUCAAAUUACCCCAUGGAGUGACUUUUACUCUCUCAAAUAAGAAGUUCAGUUUAUGGAUCAUAUCCACAAGGAGCUAGGGCACACAAUAGAUCCUAAUCAGUUUAUGAUUAAGCUAGGCAAACAGAGUAAAUCAAUAAACAGCAGAGGUAAACAAGGUAGUUGUUCAGUUGAUUUAUUGAUUGGUUGAGGUUGUAAACAGUUAUUAGAAAGUAGAUAGAUCUAGGGUUUCAGGUAAUCAGGAUUAUAAUGAUAUUGAUGCUUAGGUUGUCAAUCCUAGAACUCGAAUUCUAAUGAGAAAGUAUUCCAGCUUCCGCGUACGAAUCCAUCCUAUUAACUAAGUCCAGUAUCUUAGUUGUCACUUGUUGAUACAUAUCAAAUGUCGAUCGAUGCUAUUAGACUAGCGUCGAUCGAUGUUUCCUUAAGCAAACUUUAGCGAGUUGAUCGAUAGUUUUACUAGUCUGAAAUAAAUCAGCUGUCACUUGUUUCUAGCAAUCCUAGUUUAAGGAAAUUAAUUAAGGUAACAGACCAUGCCGUCUUGUGCGCCUAAUUUUCCUAAAUUCGGGGUACUAGUUAGCUACUCUAUAAGACAAGCAUUACAAGCAAUUCCUUGAAGGAUGUCUAUCACCUUAGGAGUUCAAUAUUUUGGCCUAAUCCCUCAUAACCUUACUUAGACCCUAAAUCUAACAAUAGAAAUUACACAGACAUAGCAAAGUAGAACAUAGGAAAUAUCUGAAUAUAAUGCAUAAAUCAGAUAAGGUAGAAAAAUUGUAGUUCCAAUAAAAAGCUUUCAAGGAGUCUUGGAUCUUCUCUCCAAAACUACUAAAACCCUAAAUAUGUUUCCUGUAAAAAUAUGAAAGUAGUGUUGCCCAAAACAAUGGCAGAGCGCAUAAAUAUUAGGUUAAAGUUGGGCAGGGGUAUUUCUGUAAUUGAUGUGGAACUUGGGCUAUAAGUUGGCUGGAAACCAAGUUGGGUCUUCCGCGCUUCGCUGUCGAUCGAUGACAAGAGAUGUUCGCCGAUCGAUGUUUAACUCUGAAUGUCAACUCUGGACUGGUUUGACGGACACCUACAAGUUUCUUCUAGCUUUAUUUCCAAAAUGCUCCAAAAUCACCACAUAUCUCCAAAACACUCUUGAACCUGUAAAUACUCUUAAAAGAUUCCAAAACAUAAUAAAUAGAUUCUAAAACACUCAAUACCAUGGCUAAAAACAGGUAAAAUCCAUGGUAUAUCAACUCCUCCAGGCUUACUGUUUUGCUUGUUCUCAAGGAAAAUAAGAGUAGUCCUAAAGAAAGAGGUUUUGAAAACAGCACGGACUCACAUAAUUUAAAAUCACUACUCUCACUCCUGCAAAUAAGAUAGGUGGAUGUAAAGCAUUACUAACCUUGGAUGAUGCAAUGUAUUACACUCUAGCUUAGUUACCAUUACCAUACAUCACACAAAUCCACUGAUAGAGUCUCACAUAUCCCUCUACUGACCUCAUUUCUGCAUAAAGUAAAAGUUUAGGCUACAUCUUGGGAGUAUCGAUCAGGGACAAAUAGAAUCAACUCAAGCAAGUAUAUGGACCUACACGUAACCCUUUAUGGUUUUCCCUCUCUCUUCUAUCUUCUCUGAAUGUGACUUUUUUUUUAUUAUUAUUAGACAGUAUAUAUAGUAUUACUGCGAAAAGUUGUAGGCGAAUAGUUGGGUCAUUGAUAAUGUAUAUACCCCUCAUUUCCAAUCAAUGUGUGAUCAUUCUAUUAGAGUAGAAUAAUAGGGUCGUGGGAAACAUUCCUACCCUUCUAAACCGCAAGAAAUCAUUUCAAUCUUUUGUAAAUAUGGAUGCCAAAGAGAGGUGGAAAGAGAACCAGGGACACUAAGUCUAAUACCUUCCAGACUUCCAGGAGGACUCCGAUCCAAUGUAUACCAAGCCCCAAAACAAGUAAGUAAAGUAGAUUAAGGUUGGAAGUCAGCUUUGGUUUCUUCAGACAUUCUCAGUAAGUGUGGAUUUGAGUAACACAUGAUACACUGUGGUGUUUCCAUCUAAUACAUCAUGCAGUCAAUAAAUCUAGAUGGUGCUAGAGAGUGGUUAGAGUAGCAACUAAAUUGUAAUAAGAUCAUUAUUCCCUUCUCGACUCAAUAAAACAUAAGUAAAAACACUUUUUUCUAGGACUCAAAAUAAAAUCAAUAUCAGUAAACCUCCCCCCAUACUUAAACAACAAUGUCCCCAAUGGUUAUACAAGGGUCUGUCCAUAAGUCUACUUUGGUACCAUUCACUAUUAGCCACCCGGAGUUCUUUUUUAUAAGGUAUCUCCCGGUAAGAAUACCUCUCCAUCCAUGUGAUUCCGAGCUCUUAUCAUGACAGUUGAGAAAGUUUCCAUCAGGGCUAUACUUACCAAAUAGAAUACGACCUAUCAGAAUUUCCAGGUUAUGAAUCAGUCGCCAUGCUAACUUACCUAAAAAGUACCAUUAAAGCAUUCAAAAUACAGGAAUCCAAGUCCUCUUUUACUCUUCGGCUAUGUUAGCUUAGGCCAUGCUAUCCAACCCUUUUUUCGAGUGAUCGUUCCACCAGAACCUCGUAAUCACUGAUUGAAUAUUCUUAAUCAGGGACUUAGGGAGUUUGAAACAUGUAAUAACAUGAGACGGGAUGGCUGAGAGGACAUUCUUCAGAAUGACUACAUUGCCCGUCGGAGACAGAUAUCGUGUUAACCAGCCACUGGAUUUUUUGUUUAAUCUGAUCCACCAUAGAAGCGAGUAGGUCUCCUUUUCUUAUUCCAAAAUGUUCCGGAAUUCCUAAGUAGUUGUCCACUCCUCUCUCCUUUUCGAUCUGGAAGACCUCUAGUACUUGCAGGCAAAAAUGCUAGUUAUUUAAUCAAAUUAAGAGGUACUAUUUAAAAAGUGUUAGCGUGUAUCCAUAAAUUAUAAGAAACUUCAUUAGAAAAGUGAAUAGCAUUUUAGUAAAUAUUAAUUAAUACAAAAAAUAUUCUAACAACUUCAAUCUUUAUAAAUAACAUAUAACAUAUGUAUAUAUUGAUAUAUGUGGCUAUAAUCAAACUAGCAAAUCAAUAUAUAUAUAUAUAUAUAUUUCAUAGUAUACAUCAAUUAUUCUUUAAUAUCUUCAUUAUUUGGCAAAAUUUUAUAUACAGCUAACUAACUCUUAUUCAAAUAUAUUAUAUUUCCAAAGAAACUAGUAGAUUGCAAUUGCGACUAAGACACAUUUCAAUUUUACUUGUUAUACAACUUCGAAGUUUUGCAAAAAAACUGAUUAAAUAUUAUUAUUAGAAUUCACCUAAAAUUUAGCGUUUAAUUACAGAAAAUUUCCUUAUCAAGAACGAAAAAAUAUAACUAAAAUAAGUUAACCUUUGGGUCAAAAUAAUAUAUAAUUCAGAAAAUUUGUUGACAAAUUAAGAGAACGGUAAAUUUAAGUUCUUAACAAAAUAUUGAAUUACAAAAGUCAAAGAAAAAAAAUUAAAAGGAAAGUAUAUUAUGCUUAAUAAACAGUCAUAAAUGCAAUAAACAAACAAAGCCAACAACUUCCAUAAUCUAGAACUCUAUCCAAUGGUUAACAAUUAAACUAGGUAACUAUGCAUUACAUCUAGCACAUACUUCAACCUAUGCUUUUAAUUAAUAGAACUAUAAUUCUCUCUCAACUCUUCAAAUUCCUUCACCUUGGUCUGAACUAAGAUUAAUCUAAUCUAUCACAGUCAUAGGGAAAAAGGGUUUUUAAUUCCUAAAGUAUUUUAAAUUAGCACUUUUAAUACCCAACUACAACUUAUGCAGAUUUAUUCCCAAAGUUAUUAUUAAUUAUGCAAAAUUAAACUUUAAUACAUUAGACGUUAACUCAUCAUUAGAGGCGUUAAUUAUAAUUAUAAAAAGGAGAAAGGGAACGACUUUUGCUUUCAAAACUCAAGAACCCUAAAAUUGAUUUUCUCAGAGAAAUUUCGAAUCAGAUUAUAUAUGUAUAUUAGUUAGGCAUCUUUUGUUUGAUUUACCUUGUGCUUUUGAAAAUGGUAUCUACUGUUCAAUUGUUCAUAAUGAUUAUUGAAAUAUUUAAGCUCAUCUACCCAUGAGCACAUUAUCUCCUCCUCAAACUCAUGUUGAUUGUCUCCUGCAUAUUCAUUGUCAUGUGUUCUUCCCUUUUAAAUUCUUUAUUUUUUCUUGGGUAUUAUUUUAACUCUGAUUAUUUAUAGACGUCUUUUGGAUACAUAAAUUCAGUUUUGGUAAAAUCUAAUCGAGAUUUGACACACAUAUAUCAUCAGUACUUUAACAUGAAAGUAGCAAGUGAAUGUUGUUAUUAAUCAUACAUGAAGAGAAGAAAAAUAUCCAAGGAGCAUAAAAAUUGAAGUACAUAGAUUACUUUUAUUACAAGACAUCAAAGAAACUACAAAUCAUGGUCCCUUCUCGUAAAAGCUAACUCUCCAAGUCUCUUGACUGAGCAUGAGGGUCUUCUUUCAUUUCUAUCCACUUCUCUUUUCAGAUAGCUGCACCUGAAAUACCAGCGAGACAUUAAUGCGUCCUUCACAUCUCUACACAGAUAGACGAUAUUGCAAGGGGAGUCGUUGAUUGUUUCUUGCAGCAAAAGCAACAGCAUGUGAAUGGAGAACAUCCUCCUCGGUGAUGAUGACAAGUUGGUAUUCUUCAUGUCUGGUGUUUGGCUAUACUAGAGCAUGUGUAUUAUUGGAUAGCAAAGGAUGAUCAUCAAUGUAAUAAGAACAAGGGUGUUUGGAUCUCUCGAAGAGGGAAACUGUGAGAACCUUGAGCCAAGUUGCGCCUGAUUUGGAGAAUGAAGUAAAGGUAAUACCAUUAAAAUUAUUAUAUUUAGAGUUAAUUGACUUAAUUGGUUUUUGAGUUAAAGAAAAAUUCAAAACGAAAACUAUCCAAAGAAAAAUUAAUCCACUAAAGAAACAAUAAUGUGGUUUCGAAAGUCAUGUAGAAACCAGAAACAAUGCAAACCCAAACAUAAAUACUGUAAACCAAAAAUCUAAAAACAGAGUAAAUCGUUUUCUUCAUAAAACUGAGUUAACAAAAUAAUCUCAAGUGAAAUGUGAAGAACACAAACUAGGAAGAGAAGCCAAAUCCUCCUUGUGAUGCUUGAGAAGGUUGAGAAGUUUGAGAAGCUCCAAAUGACGAAGACUCUCCCUACAACAAACAAUCAAAGUUUUACACGA